CGGCGAAAACUAAGGUUAUCAACUUGUUCCUAAGCCAGCACCCAACGAAAAUAAGACCAAGUCAAGUCUUAGUUAUUUAAACUAAAUUUCAUUCUUUAUACUCUUUAAAAAUCAAUUCAAUUCAUAAAUGUCGAUACAAUAUGGCCGAAAGCGACGACGAACAAAUAACCCUCUCGUCGCACGCUCUAGCAGCGCUGCAGGAGUUCUACGGAGAGCGCGACGCACACGUCGAUAAGUUCGAGAAGCUAAAGGCGGUGGCCGAGGACGAACGUGUCGUCGUCUCGCAGCCGCUGUCUAUGGAUGCGUUUACCGAGGACUGGAAUAAGUCGCAGUUUUGGUACUCGGACGAAACGGCUAUACUAUAUGCGAAACAGCUGCUGGAUGGCAUACGCGAAGACGAGGUUGUUGCUGUGGUGUCGGUGCCUACUGUGUUUAUUGCACUGAAGAAUCUGUUGAACGCAGCAGACGCCAACGCCCCCAAACCAAAGAAAGUCGUCUUCUUAGAGUACGACCAGCGGUUCUCUGUCUUCCCCGAGUUUAUAUUCUACGACUUCCUGCACCCUAUCAAGCUUCCCGCCGAACUAAAAGGCGGCGUCGAUCGCAUCAUAUGCGACCCCCCUUUUCUCAGCGAGGACUGCCAGACUAAAAUGGCCCUAACCAUCCGCUGGAUGUCCCGCUCAAACCCGCGGCUCGUAAUCACCACGGGCGAGCGCAUGGAGGCCCUGGUGACGAAGCUAUACCGGUCCCUCGGCGCGCGGACCACGACGUACGAGCCGGUGCACACGCGCGGCCUCAGCAACGAGUUCUACUGCUAUGCUAACUUUGAGUGCGACGCCUGGAAAUUUAAGGGCGGGGAUAAUAAGGGGGAAUAGACAGACCUAAGAGAUUGAUUGAUUGAUGGAUUGAUUAGGUGGAAUAGAACAGUAGGUAGCUUUGGGGGUUUGCUAUACGUUGGUUGGUGUCCGAAGACGUGAAGAGAAUAGGGCCACCAUGGAGGAAGAGAACUAUUGGGUGAGAUUAUUCAAUAGACACCGUCCAACUCUUAAAUAUUGCCUCUAUUUCGCUGUUUUCAUUUGAGUACCUAAUCUAGGUCGA